UGGUACCAGUGGUGGGUCCAAUCCUAUAAUGCCUUGGCAUGAUUGUGGACCAUAUUGUUAAAACCUUUUCUCCACGAAACAAGAAAUGUUAUUCUCCACCGAGCACCUUAACAAGCCUUGGAAACCCAUAUCACUUUACCUUCUCCUCUGCAUCAGAAAAAACCCAUAUCACUUUUCCUUCUCCUCUGCAUCAGAAGAAACCCAUUUCAUAAUCCCCUCAGCCAUCCUCAUUCCAGAGGUUUUCACCAUGGCAACUCUUAAGAUCCAUCCCAACAAGAAGAAGAACAUAGAGAUCUUGGGCAAGGUGGUGUAUGGAACAUACCACAACAUGAAGAAGGCAGAGGUGAACACAGAGUAUCGCCUACCAUAUUCUGAACAAGAAAUCUUGCCUCCACAGCCUACAACAGGGGUUUGUGUGUGGUGUAGUGCUUGUCUAUGUGCAAUUAUAAUUAUUUUGGCAAUUCUGGCAGGCUUGAUUGUAUUGAUAGUUUUCUUGCUGUUUCAUCCCAAGAUUCCUCGCUUUGAUAUAAUGACUGGCAGGAUCAACAGGAUUAAUCUGGACCCUAACACUUAUCUCAUGAAUGCUGACAUUGUGCUCCUUGUGAACAUCAUAAAUACAAAUCACAAGGUGGAUUUGAAGUAUGAAUACAUAAAUUUCAAGUUGUAUUUCAGGAAUGAUCUGGUAGGGUAUCAGCAGCUGGAGCCCUUUGAGCAGAUGAGGCAUAAUUGGAAUUAUAGUGUUCUGGACAUCAUCUCCAAUGAUGUGGAAUUGAAGCCUCUGAAUGCACAGGUGCUUGUAAACAUGGCCGUACAGAAUAAAAUAGCUUACAAACUGUUGGGUACCUUCAGAACUACAGCAAAGUUUGGGGGCAUUGCUAAAGUGCCCUAUUGGGUCUAUGCUGAAUGUCAGCUCACCUUUACUGCACCUCCCAAUGGGACACUUUCUGAUCACACUUGCACUACAAGGCGUUGAUGUUGUCAUGGUAAGUCAAUCAUGUGUUUUCCUAACUGAUUGCCUUAAGGUUUUACCCAGAAAACCUGUUGCAUGUGUAUAAACUGUGAUUUUUCAGGUGGAUUUUUUUGUUUCAGAGGAGAAUCAAUUGUUUUGAUUUGUAAAGGGUUAUUACCUCCAUAACUCCUCCUUGUCUCAGUAAAUUUGAGCCACCUGAAUAAAAUAAAGUGGAAGGCCCAAUUUCUGAAGCGAUUUUUUUUCAAAAUACUCAAUUAUAGAAAUAAGGAGGGGUAUGCUCUGUUCCAUAGGGAGAACUGUUCCGUCUGGGCUAGUUACUACAGUGUAAACUUCAGUGCCCGCUAAUCUAUUUAUUCAAUUGAUACUUGUAUUUAAGGAAAUCAGAGCUUCUAUAACUUCAUUCAAAAGUA